GUAAAUCCUAUCUUUGUUGCGUCCCUGAGCAAGAGCGCAUCAUGAGUAGAGACAGAGCCCCAAGAGUCUUUCUUGGUCGACUACCUCGAGACUGUAAGGAGAGAGACGUUGAGAAGUUUUUCCGUGGAUUCGGACGUAUACGAGAGAUUAAUUUAAAGAGUGGAUUUGGCUUUGUGGAAUUUGAUGACUACAAAGAUGCUGAUGAUGCUGUUUAUGAACUGAACCACAAGGAAUUCAUGGGAGAAAGAAUAACAGUGGAACAUGCCCGUCCAACAUCAAGGAGUGGAGGUGGUGGAGGUGGUGGUGGAGGAGGUGGUAGUGGUGGAGGAAGUGGGAUGAGAAGAGGUGGUGGAUUCAGGUUCCGAGACAGAUAUGGUGCACCUUAUAACACUGAAUUCAAGUUGACAGUGGAAAAUUUGUCCUCACGUGCAAGUUGGCAGGAUCUGAAAGAUUACAUGCGCCAAGCAGGGGAAGUGACCUUUACCCAGUGCCAUAGAGAUAGAAUAGGAGAGGGGGUUGUUGAAUUUGCCAGCCUUAAUGACAUGCAAAGGGCACUGAAACGUUUAGAUGGUACUGAGUUGCUGGGAAAGCGCAUAAGGCUGACAGAGAGAAACCGACCACGAAGAUCCCGCUCACUCUCACCACGGCGCCGAACAAGUAGGUCUAGGUCACGUUCGCCAAGGAGGUCACACUCACCUGCCACCAGAGGACGCCACUCGCGCUCUCCAUUGGCUCAACGUGGCCGCUCACUAUCACCACGCCCUAGUGGCAGUCCUGGAAGACGACUAUACUCAAGUUAAUUAAGGACUGGGUUGCUUUACAAAAAGUAUUCUCAUUAAUAUUGUGGUUGUUAGCUCUUGCUUCAAGUUCAGUCGCUGUUCAGCCCAAAUUAGCCGUUGAUGUUAUUUUAUCUUUUUAGAUUGUUGUUUUGAGUUCUCGUUGUGAUAAGCAUUAGGGACAAUUCACUUAACUUUUUUCAGUCAAUCAUUUAAGUGUAUUGUGGUCAAAUAAAUUAGACAUGAUAAUUUU